AUCACACAGGAGAAGAACUACAAAGAGCUGACAACGGUCACCAACAGAUCUGAAGAAAUCGAGUCGACCUAAAUCAGUCCUCCUAAGAUGAAGACAUUCUGGGUUGCAGUCGCAGUGGCCGUCAUGCUCACUUGUAUCUGUAUGGAGGAGAGCUCUGCUGUCCCAGUAACUGAAGUGCCGGAUGAGGAAGAGCCAAUGAGCUAUGGCUAUCCACUUACUGAACAUGAUGAGCCCUCAGACGACUCAUGGAUGAUGCCGUACAGCCCCAGAGCAAGGCGUCGCCGUCGCAAGUGUAAAUUUUGCUGCAACUGCUGCAGCAACAUCUGUCAAACGUGCUGCACAAGGAGAUUCUGAGGAUUCCUGCACCAGCAACUGUUGCAAAAUUCUGAAGAUUCCUAGAUUUCAUCAUGUGCUAGACAACUGAUA